AUGUCUAAGGCUAAACAAUCGGCCGCGAAUACAAAUGCGGUACCAUGCCUCGCGACUGCCGACGAUGCUCUAGGUUUUCUGAAUCAACAAUGCAAUACUGAGAGCUCGCCAAGGGGUUUGGCUCACAUUCGUCAUAAGGUCGAUCGGCGAAUCUUGCCUUUCAUGUUUUGCUGCUACUUUUUGCAAUUCAUCGACAAAGUGAUGUACAAUUAUGCAGGCGUCAUGGGAAUGAAAGGCGAUCUCAAUUUGAGAGGAAACGACUUCAGCAACGGGGCAAGUGCGUUCUUCAUCGCAUAUCUAGUCGCGGAAGUCCCCAACGUAUACUUUCUUCAAAAGGUUCCUCCGGCGAAAUGGCUAGGUAUCAAUGUGAUCUGCUGGGGUAUCGCUGCUGCUGCUGCCGCCGGAGCCAAGGAUUACACCACGCUCCUGGUCGCGAGGAUAUUCCUGGGUAUAUUCGAGGCCACUGUCGGGCCGUCGCUAAUGCUGAUCAGCAGCCAAUAUUACACAAAGUCUGAGCAAGCACCCAGAUUUACAUUUUGGUUCUUGGGCCUUGGAGUGGCGCAGAUCAUUGGCGGGAUAAUAUCAUUUGGCUUCCAGCAUGUUCACAGCAGAUUCGCGAGCUGGAGAAGCAUGUUUCUGGUUAUGGGACUGCUAACGGUGGUGGUCGGCUUCGGUACUUUUUUCUUUCUCCCCGACACACCUAUGAAGGCGAAGUGGUUAUCCGACGACGAAAAAGUCGCUCUUUUGCAGCACACACGGGUCAAUCAAACCGGUAUCCGCAACAGCAAAUUCAACACAAGACAAAUUCUCGAAGCAGUGAUGGACGUCCAAGUAUGGUUGUUUUGCUUAAUGCUCGCCUUGCAAGCGGUCUCUAGUGGGGUCGUCAUAGCAUAUUCGUCAACCCUCAUAGCUGGCUUUGGCUUCGGAGGACCAAUCGCUGCCCUUCUUAAUGCUCCAUCUGGCAUUGUCAGCAUUACAUUCACACUCCUCGUCGGCAUCGGUAUUCGCAAGGCUUCGAAUCGAUGGGCCUGGGUAUUUAUCUGCAGUAUUCCUGGAAUCAUUGGUGGCGGGCUUAUGUCCUUCCUUCCAAAGAGCAAUCGAGCCGGUGUGCUAGCUGGGAUAUACUUGGUUAAUGCAAUUGUGGCCCCGGCUCCGGUAAUCUACCAUUGGGUGGCAGCUAAUUGCGCAGGAUAUACCAAGCGUGCAUUCGCAAGUGCUGCAGUCGCAGGGUUCUUUUGCGUUGGCAACAUUAUUGGGCCACAAACUUUCCAGGCUCGAGAGGCUCCUGAGUAUCGAUCGGCUAAGAUAUCAGUCCUCGCGACUCAAGCAGCUUCUGCAGUCCUGGCGGUUGUUCUCUUCGCGUACUAUGUGAAAGAGAACAGACGUCGAGACCGUCUACAAACAUCCAGUGGCAACGAGUAUCAAAUCAGUGAUGAGGCAGCUUGGGGUGGUCUGACAGAUAAAGAGAACAAAAACUUCCGAUAUGUUUAUUGA